AUGCGUCUGAACAGCCUCAUCCUCGGCCUCCCCCUCGCGGGGAGCGCCCUGGCUGCAAACCUCGACCCUCGACAAUCUACCCGUAUUGGAGAAAGCGACGAGGGUACAGCGCCUGUGGCUAAGAGUUUCAUCAUCGAGUACUCCCGUGCAGCCGUGAGAAGGCGACAAGAGAGCCUGGCCUCUGACGACAACAUCACGGUCGUCAAGACCUUCGAGACCGAUAUCUUUUCCGGCAUCAGCGUCGAAACGGACACCCACAACAUCGACAGUCUCUUGCGUCUCCCCGACGUCGUCAACGUAUGGCUGAACGAGGAGGUUCGUCUCGCCCCCAUUGAGGUCCACCGACAAUUUAGCGACGACGCUGCCGCUGCCGACUAUUCCACACAUAACGCCACCGGAGUCUCCAAGCUGCAUGACCAGGGCUACUUUGGCAAAGGGGUCAAGAUUGGCGUGGUUGACACGGGCAUCUACUACCUUCACGAAGCUCUCGGCUCGGGUAUUGGUCCUGGGUUCAAGGUCGAAGGUGGCUACGAUUUUGUUGGCAACGGCUUCUGGCCUUCCGAGCCUGCUGAGCCGAGCGAUGACCCUCUCGACUAUGGGGGUCAUGGUACCCAUGUUGCUGGUAUCAUCGCCGGCCAGACCGGUUUUUGGAAGGGUGUUGCCCCUGAGGCAACUCUCUAUGCCUACAAGGUUUUCUCCCAGUCGCCGAGCACCACAACGUCCGUUUUGAUCGAAGCCUUCCUUCGUGCCUAUGAAGAUGGUUGCGACAUCAUCACCGCUAGCAUCGGCGGCGCCAACGGCUGGUCCAACAACCUUUGGGCAGAAGUGGCCUCGCGUCUCGUGGAAGAAGGCGUCGUCGUCACCAUUUCCGCCGGUAACAGCGGCGCAGCCGGUCCGUUCUUCGGUACCUCGGGCGGCUCUGGCCGCAACGUCGUCACCGUGGCCUCCCUCCGGACCGAACUCUUCCCGGCCUCGCCGUUUGAAGCCACUUUUUCUCUCGAUGGCGAAUCGAACACCACCAAGGUCGGCUACUUGCCAGCCACUUUUUACUUCCCCCCAUCCGUGGCCGGCUGGCCCAUCGUACCCUUGACGCUGGACACUUCCGUCGUCGAUGACGCAUGCCAGCCUUUCGGCGAAGACGGCCCAGACCUGACCGGCAAGGUCGCGCUGGUCCGCCGUGGCACCUGCAACUUUGCGGUCAAGCAGCAAAACGUCGCUGCUCUGGGCGCCGAGUACGUUCUCAUCUACACCGACGACAGGCCCAUCGUCACCCCUUCGACCGACCAUGAGACCACUCUCCUUGGUAUGGUCACGGCCGAGGCUGGAGGAGCCAUCAUCGGUACCAUUUUGGCUGGCGGCAACGUGACGGCCGACUUCUCCGUCAACCCGGAAGAGGUUGUCGGCCUGGAGUACCCCGCGGGCGGUCUGCCUAGCACCUUCACCUCCUGGAGCGCCCUGUACGAUUUGCAGAUCAAGCCUGACAUCGCUGCCCCCGGCGGUGACAUCUUCAGUGCCUACCCCAAUGGCGAAUAUGCCGUCACCAGCGGCACUUCCAUGGCAUGCCCGUACGUGGCCGGCGUUGCAGCGCUCUGGAUCAGCGCAUACGGCGGCCGCGAGGUCCACGGCAAGGGCUACGCCAAAGAACUGGGCGAGCGUAUCAUCUCUAGCGGCACGUCCGUCCCGUGGUCCGACGGUACGGAGACCGACUACGGCCAUAUUGCCCCUGUGGCCCAAGUUGGAAACGGCCUCGUCAACGCCUUCAAGGUGCUGAAAUACGACACCGCGCUCCGGUUCGACAAGAUUGCGCUCAACGACACGCGGUACUUCAGCCGCUAUCACGAUGUCACCGUCACGAACAACGGCGAAGAAGCCGUCACGUACACCUUUUCGGCCGAGCAUGGUGCUGGUGUCGAGACUGUUGGGUGGCUUCCCACCGUAACUGGGGGUUUCACGAAACGCCUCAAGCGCUUUGUCGAGUUGGUGCCGAUCGACUUGGAAGUGGACAUCAGCUUUCCGAGGGCUUUUACUCUCCAGCCAGGCGAGAGCAGGACCGUUUCGGUCAACUUCAGGAACCCCGACACACUUGGCUGGAACGCCACGGCUUUGCCCCUGUAUAGUGGCAAGGUCAUCGUUUCGGGCAGUAACGGCGAGCGACUUUCUGUUCCCUUCUUGGGUCUCGGUGCCGAUUUGAAGCGUCAGACAGACCCCAUCUACCACAAUGGUUACCCAUUCUCUGUGUCGGGGGUGAACAAUGUGGACAUUAACCAGGAUUCAUCGUAUUCCUUCGACCUGAGCGUCGAUGCACAGGACUUCCCCAAGGUCUACAACCGAAUCAACUGGGGCAGCCGCCAAGUUCGUUGGGAUAUCUUCGAGGCCGGUUGGCGAGAGCGCAAUUGGAAGUAUCCUCCCGUAGAAGGCGAGAACGGCUACAUCGGCCCGGCGGCGGGAUGGAGCAGCGCCGGAUCGGUCGCCGUGUUUAACCCGGCCAUCCACAACCCGAACACCACCUUCACGUUCCCGAUCACGGACGUUUACCGCAAUGCCGAAACGACGGCCAUCGAGUUCCGAUACUACUGGUUUGGCAAGCUCGGCAACGGGAGUCUGAUUGCCAACGGCCGAUACAAAAUGCGCUUUGCCACGCUUAAACCGUUUGGCAACCCUCAUGCUGCUGAUAAUUGGGACGUAUUCCACACUCCUGAGAUCGAGGUCACGGGUCAGCAUUAUUGA